GACCAAGACCAAAAAAUCAUUACAACCUCAAAAUUUUGUUUCUUCUACAAUGGCGUGUAGCUUGAACAUGAUGAAGAACGAACAGCAUUUGGGUCCAAGAAUCUCAUUCUCCAACGACUUCGGCGAGUCCCAGCAGCUCGAAAACAGCUACCGGGAGGCGCCAGUGUCGGCCGAUUUUGAGUUCUCGGCGCCCACCUACACCAUGAUCGCCGCAGAUGAGCUUUUCUCCAAGGGGAAAAUCCUCCCCUUGAAGGAAAACUGCACCACAUUGCGCGACGAGCUGCUGGCAGGCGACGACGACUUUGAGGGGCUGUCGGCCCGGGUGGCGAAGGGGGCGAGCCGGUGGAGGGAGAGGCUGGGGCUGAAGAGAUCAUCACAUGUCAAUGUGGCUAAGAAAUCUGGUGGUGGAAAGAGUUUGGGGAGUAUUGAUGAGCUCAAGAUUCAAGACAUUAUUGAUGAGGCUGAUGAGAAUUCAUGUGUUUUUGAUUUCAAAGGUUAGGAUAAGAUCAUCAUCAUCAUCAUCAUCAUCAUCAUCAUCAUGAGUGUGUAAAGUGAUUUAGUUUUUUUGGGUGAUUUUUCAUGUCAUUGUUUUUUAUUGAGUGUGAGUCAAUGGUAGGAGGGGAUUAAUGUGAUUGGUGUAAAGAUGUAUAAGGAUCUAUUUAUGAUGAUCUAUGUGUAGACAAUUAAUGUGAUAUGCAGCUAGUCUUUGCCUUCCUUCUUCAUGUGUACAAAUGUUUGCAGUUUAAGAUCUUUUUGAUGUAAUAAUAUGAUUGUGGAUCUUUGCUUCUUUUGAA